UCUUUUUUUUGCAAUGGCUCGGACCAAGCAGACUGCUCGCAAAUCCACUGGCGGCAAAGCACCCCGGAAACAGUUGGCGACCAAGGCAGCUCGUAAGAGUGCCCCGGCCACCGGCGGUGUGAAAAAACCCCACCGCUAUCGGCCAGGCACUGUGGCCCUGCGCGAGAUCCGUCGUUAUCAGAAGUCAACCGAGCUCCUUAUCCGCAAGCUGCCUUUUCAGCGUUUGGUGCGUGAGAUCGCGCAGGACUUCAAGACUGAUCUACGUUUUCAGAGCUCGGCAGUGAUGGCAUUGCAAGAGGCUUGCGAGGCCUACCUGGUGGGCUUGUUUGAGGACACCAACCUGUACGAAUACCGAAUCAUGUCUGGUCGUGGCAAGGGUGGUAAGGGCCUUGGUAAAGGAGGCGCGAAGCGCCACCGGAAAGUGCUCCGGGAUAACAUCCAGGGCAUUACCAAGCCAGCUAUUCGGCGCCUGGCUAGGCGUGGGGGCGUGAAACGCAUCUCUGGCCUGAUCUACGAAGAGACUCGCGGGGUCCUCAAAGUGUUUUUGGAGAAUGUGAUCCGGGACGCCGUCACCUACACGGAGCACGCCAAACGAAAGACUGUCACCGCCAUGGAUGUGGUUUAUGCCCUUAAACGCCAAGGACGGACUCUCUACGGAUUCGGCGGCUAAAACUUUCAAAAUUAGUAGGCAUUUUUUUCCCCAAUGGCCCUUUUCAGGGCCGCCCACCAUGUCUCGGAGGGAGCUGUGUGCUGUUUUUCAGUAAGCUUUCGUUUUCUCUUGGCAGGCUUUGUGGGACUUUAUUUUCUUAACUGGGCUAGUCUGCUAGCUUUCUAUACGCAGCUUAUUAUUGCGCCAAUAGGAAGGGCAGCAGGCUACAGUGUAGGUGGGGACUAAAACUAAAUGCCCACGAGCAAACCAGGAUUCCGGGACAGUGCCUGGGCUGCGCUGGUGCUCUCUACAAUAAUGUGUAAGCGUCCAUAACCCCAGCACUGCGCAGUGGGGUAAUUAGCUUUACUCCGUGGUCUGAAAGUGCUUUUGCUAAAGGAAUAACUACUACGGUCAGCGCAAGGCCAAACAAAGCAGCUUCAUUUUCUUUUUAGACCAGUAAGCAUUACUAACAACUUCGGGUGAUAAUGUCUGCUAACAGGUGGAAAAGUCGGCUAAAGACUGCCAUCAAAAUGCUAGGUGAAUAUUACUAGUUUACAGUUUACCGUCAGCGUCAGGGAAGAUCUGCAUUUUAUCCUCACUUGUCGCAGCUAACUUCCUUUCCCUCCGCCCUCUGUUUUCACGUACCCUGCCGGCGCUUCUUACCCCCA